GCGCACGCGCGUGACGUGUCCGCGGCGAGGGGCGGGGCGGAGAUCGCUGCAAGGCGGCGGGCGUCCGCGCCAGGGCGGCGCGCGCGUUCUUGGUUGACACAGAAAUGACAAGAAUCUUGGCCGAAUCUUCAAGCAGAGGUGAUCAUUAUGACCUUGCUUUUUAAAUUGAUCUACGGGACCAGCCCAUUUGCUGAAGAAUCGGCCAAAGCGAGGGCCUUACGGACCCCCACAGGAGUGUGAGCAGCAUUGCUUCAGCAACAAAGCCUCAAGUCCACAUCUCGGGAAGAAUAUGGCUGCUUCCUGGGGGGCCGUCCUCAUGCUGGUCAUAGCUGGUGUUGGCAGCACUGUCUUCUACAGAGAACAGCAAACUUGGUUUGAGGGUGUCUUCUUGUCUUCCAUGUGCCCCAUUAAUGCCAGUGCCGGCACCUUUUAUGGAAUUAUGUUUGAUGCGGGCAGCACUGGAACUCGGAUUCACGUUUACACUUUUGUGCAGAAAACAGCAGGACAGCUCCCCUUUCUGGAAGGUGAAAUUUUUGAUUCUGUGAAGCCAGGACUUUCUGCUUUUGUGGAUCGACCCAAACAGGGUGCUGAGACUGUUCAGGAACUCUUAGAGGUGGCCAAAGACUCGAUCCCCAGAAGUCACUGGGAAAGGACCCCAGUGGUUCUGAAGGCGACAGCGGGACUGCGCUUACUGCCAGAGCAGAAGGCCCAGGCGCUGCUCUUGGAGGUAGAGGAGAUCUUCAAGAAUUCACCUUUUCUGGUCCCAGAUGACAGCGUUAGCAUCAUGGAUGGGUCCUAUGAAGGUAUACUAGCUUGGGUUACGGUGAACUUUCUAACAGGUCAGCUGCAUGGCCGCGGCCAGGAGACUGUGGGGACCCUUGACCUGGGAGGUGCCUCCACCCAGAUCACGUUUCUACCCCAGUUUGAGAAAACCCUGGAACAAACACCUAGGGGCUACCUCACGUCCUUUGAGAUGUUUAACAGCACUUUUAAGCUCUAUACACAUAGUUACUUGGGAUUUGGACUGAAAGCUGCAAGACUGGCAACUCUGGGAGCCCUGGAAGCAGAAGGGACUGAUGGACAUACUUUUCGAAGUGCCUGUUUACCAAGAUGGUUGGAAGCAGAGUGGAUCUUUGGGGGUGUGAAGUACCAGUACGGUGGUAACCAAGAAGGGGAGAUGGGCUUUGAACCCUGCUAUGCGGAAGUGCUGAGAGUAGUACAAGGAAAACUUCACCAACCGGAAGAGAUUCGAGGAAGCUCCUUUUAUGCUUUCUCCUACUAUUACGAUCGAGCUGCCGAUACACACUUGAUUGAUUAUGAAAAGGGCGGCGUUUUAAAAGUUGAAGAUUUUGAAAGAAAAGCCAGGGAAGUGUGUGACAACUUGGAGACCUUCUCCUCAGGCAGCCCUUUCCUCUGCAUGGACCUCAGUUACAUCACAGCCUUACUGAAGGAUGGCUUUGGCUUCGCGGACGGCACCCUCCUGCAGCUCACAAAGAAAGUGAACAACAUAGAGACCGGGUGGGCCGGGGGCCACCUUUCACCUGCUCCAGUCUCUGGGCAUCACCAGCUGAGGCCAAGCACGUCCUCUGAAGCCUGCAUUUCUGAACAAGUUUUUUACCGGAAGGCGUGGACUCAGACAUUUUCUGACCUUCUCUGGGAAAAGCCUGGACUGAAACCCGUUAACUGGCUUUAUUAGGAGGGAGGGGGUUUUAUAGAUGAGUCUUGCCCUUGAGCCUAGUGAUUUGGGCUCAAAUAAUUUUGCACAUCUAAUGUGAAUGGCUCCUAACCACUUGGUGGGUGCAUGGCUGGCACCAGAGUGUAAAUCUUUUGAGAUUCUUUGUGUGUUACAGAGUCCUGCAAGGAAAAAAAAAAGAUUUGGAACUCCAUGUUAGAUUGCGAGACAGGUCCCUGGGAACCAAAGAACAAUCUCAUUUCAACCCUUGGAUGCCUCAUUGCUUUGAAUGGUUUCAUUUUUGCUUAUAAGCUAAAUUAAGCUGAUUUACUGAAAUCCCAUAACCCAUCAAUACUGGUAAUUUUUUUCUUCCUAACCUUAUUAUAUUCCCUACCCUAAAAGCUUGGGAGAAAUACCUGGUUUUGCUUCCCAUCUAUAAUUGAAAGAGAGGGGGAAAGAGACUGUAUUAGAAUGUGUGUGAUCCUGUGACGCGGCAGAUCAACCAAUCAAUUUAGAGCUUAGAGUUGUCCUAAGUAUUUUAUUUCUAGACAAGGGCUGUGUUGUGUUGUUCAGGCUGGCCUGGAACUCAGUAUGUAAUGCAGGUUGCCUUGAAUUAUCAACUCUCCUGCCUCAGCCUCCUGAACCUUGUGAUUGCAGGAGUGAGCUAUUGUGCUCAUGUCGUGUCACGGUCAAUCUUAGCAAGACGGAGAGAGUAGCUCUUAACUGCCUGGAUCAGAGCUGUAAGCACGGAGAUCGUCUGCUCUGACAGCUGUUGCCACUCUGGACUCAGUGAGCACUCAGCCCUAGCGAUGUGUGCCUGUGCAGUGCCAGCACUGCCUCCGAAGCUAGUGUGUUUAUAGAAUUAAACACAGCGCUGUGUUCCUUUGUAUUUCUGUGAAGUACAACCGUACCCUUGUUUUUGCUCUGCGGUUAGAAGUUAGUACUUGAGCUAUUUGUGCAUAAAGAUUACCAAUCCUUUCCGUUGUCCUUUUGGGGGGCUAAGGUGUGAAAAGUUCUGGGGAUUGAAUCCAGGGCUUCUUGAAUGUUAAGCACUGACUGUGCUAGCACUAUGCUUUUAUAGUAGUGCUUUCCUGCCGAGGCCCUUGCUGAAUUUAGCUUUUUUCUGGAUUUAUUGUCUAGCUCAGGAUUUCAGAUGCCCUUUCCAAUGAUAGCCACAUUUGAUUUGAUUGACUCCUUUGGUCCAUGUUGGUCCAGUCGCUCGCAACAGUGAGUAGCAUUGGAGAACCAUGUUUUCUCUCUCUGGACAUCUUCUGUGUCCCGGGUGAACACAAGCCAUGCGUGCCAGGCAUGGUGUUCCCCCUGCUCAUUAUUUAGCCCUUUAAAGUCAUUACCUUAAAGAUUUUAAACUUCUGUCACAAUGUCGUUUCUGGUAUGACAUCAUUUGCCUCAGGGUCUCCUGUCGCUUGGCUCCUGUCACAGCACUUUACCCUUCCUCUUCUCUUUCUAGGAAGUUUUCAUCUCCCUUAACAUAAUUUUAGUCACCUCCUUUUCCUUCCACUCUUCACAAAAGAUGUAACUAUACCCGGGCCCGUGACAGUCCCUGGGGAACCUUGUUUUUUAAACCAUUACACUGAAUCAAUAAUGUAAAUCAAGAAAAAGGUAUUAGAUCAUUUAUAGUCCACUAAAUGCUAUCACAGUGGGGAGAAACCAGGCUGUUCCCCAAGAGUAAGCUAUACUCAUUAAAGAUGCCUUUAUAACAGGUCUUAUGGCACAGGCCUGCAAUCCUAGCUACCUUGGAGCUGAGGCAGGGGGAUUAACAGAUUAUGUAGGCCAUAGCCAGUUUGAGUCUACUCUGGGCAACUCAGAGCCAACACUCAACAAAUGUUAAAAGGGUAAGUUAGAAGACAGUGUUCGGUGGCAAAGCUCUGUCAUAUCAGGCCCUCGAUUCAGUCCCCAGCACCAAAGACAAAGCAGACAACUCCUGCUCGCUACACAGUGGUCUCUGACGCCUCCAGCUAUAAAUGGGCCCAGCUAUAAAGUGAAUAUUGUUCCACAGACACCUAUGGUUACCUUGGAUACUGCCAGGACUGCUACAUGGACUUUUACCUCAGAAAUUUAUUUGCAUAUAGCCUGUUCAUCUUCAAGGUGUUUUUUGUUUUUUUGUUUUUGACAGGGUUUCUGUGUAGCCCUGGCUGUCCAAGAACUCACUCUGUAGAUCAGGCUAGCCUCAAACUCAGAGAUCUGCCUCUGCCUCUCUAGUAUUAGGAUGAAAGGUGUGUACCACCUCUACCCAGUGACAUGGGGCUUUUUUAUUAAGGGGCUUCUAUGUGUUAUGAGUUCCAUCUCUGUGAAAACAAUAUAUUUUAAAUACCUGG